AGUCUGAGAAGCCAACAGGGGCCAAUCAGGUUUUAGAACCGCUACAGGCUGGUAACAACAUCAUCAAGGAUGAACUGUUCUUACCAGGAACUUCUCUACUCCUGACAGCAUACCUCUCCGCAGAAGAGAAGAGAGGGAGAGUGGCCACCCCGAUUUAGCCGAGAACCUCCAGAAGGUCAUCUCUGGAUGCCCCAUGAGGCUGCCUCUCAGCCACAGCCCAGAGCACACGGAGAUGGCUUUGCUCAGCAGCAUCCUAGCGGCCUAUUCCUUCAUCUCAGAGAAUCCUGAGCGAGCGGCUCUGUACUUUGUCUCCGGCGUGUGCAUCGGGCUGGUGCUGACCCUGGCCGCCUUGGUGAUGAGGAUCUCGUGUCACACAGACUGCCGGCGGCGGCGGCAUCGUCCGGGCAAGAAGUUCCUGCAGGACCAGGCGAGCAGCAGCGACAGCAGCGACAGCGAGGACGGCGGUUCGGACAGCGGAUCCGACCUCUCGGUGAGGCGACACCGCCGCUUCGAGAGGACGUUGAACAGGAACGUGUUCACCUCGGCGGAGGAGCUGGAGCGAGCCCAGCGGCUGGAGGAGCGCGAGCGCAUCAUCAGAGAGAUCUGGAUGAACGGCCAGCCCGAGGUGCCCGGGACCCGCAGCCUGAACCGCUACUACUAAGGGCGCAGCCAGGGCCCGCGG